CAUCAAGAUAGGUUAUGAGACCUAAUUAGGAAAACAUCACUAAAGGCCAUGUCACAAUAUCAGGUUCUAGUAUUCCCUUCCCUUCCCUGGAAUUUGCUCUCAGGUAUAUUAGCCCCAUAGGGGAGAGGUUAUUAAAUAUAUAGAUCAGCAUUCAGAAGGGAAGGGAUUAGACUUCACUCAUUUGACCCUACUGGAAGAUUUUUUUUUGAAGUAUGAGUAGUUGGCUCACUGUUCAUUCUGUUAUCCCACCCACCAGUGACCUCAAAAGACCAAAUACCUGCCAGAACUCUUGGCCAGCUCUAUAUUGAUGCGUUCAAUCUUCACUUCUGUCUGCAGUUGCUAUCUUAGACACAGUUUGAGCAGUGUCUUUUAUAAAGUAUCUUUCAGCCACCUCAACCUGGUUUUGCAAGCUGGAGCUCCCUGAGGCUCAUCAUGACAGUGUGAGUGACUGCCCCAUGUUGUGUUGAUGCCAGUCUGCCAUGCUAGCCUGUCUACCAGGGCCAGGUGACCUGUCCUUUCAGCUUCUUUCUCACACGCAGAUGAACACUGGACUUCAGAAAUGGGACACUACACAGAAAAUGAGAACUGCUCACUAUCCUACCCCAGCCGAAUUGGAUGCGUAUGCUAAGAAGGUCGCAAACAACCCACUGACUAUAAAAAUCUUCCCCAACAGUGUGAAGGUUCCCCAGCGGAAACACGUUCGUCGUACUGUGAACGGCCUCGACACAUCAGCCCAGCGCUACAGCCCUUACCCGACUCAGGCUGCCACCAAGGCAGGCCUUCUUGCUAUUGUCAAAGUGCCAGCCAAAAGCAUACUCAAGGACUUUGACGGCACCCGAGCCCGGUUGCUCCCUGAGGCCAUCAUGAACCCCCCAGUGGCGCCCUAUGCUGCUGUGGCACCCAGCACUUUAGCUCACCCCCAGGCCCAGGCUCUGGCCCGCCAGCAGGCCCUGCAGCAUGCACAGACCCUGGCCCAUGCUACACCCCAGACGCUUCAGCACCCUCAGGGUAUCCCGCCAGCCCAGGCACUGCCCCACCCUCAGAGCCUCCAGCAGCCUCAGGGCCUGGGCCACUCUCAGCCCAUGACCCAAAACCGUGGCUUGGUCCACCCUCAGGCCCUGGCUCACCAGGGUCUCCAGCACCCCCCCAACCCAUUGCUGCAUGGAGGCCGGAAGAUGCCAGACUCAGAUGCCCCCCCGAAUGUGACUGUGUCUACCUCAACUAUCCCCCUUUCAAUGGCGGCCACCCUGCAGCACAGCCAGCCCCCGGACCUGAGCAGCAUCGUGCACCAGAUCAACCAGUUUUGCCAGACGAGGGCAGGCAUCAGCACUACCUCAGUGUGUGAGGGCCAGAUCGCCAACCCCAGCCCCAUUAGCCGCAGUCUACUCAUCAAUGCAAGCACCCGGGUGUCAACCCACAGCAUCCCCACACCAAUGCCUUCAUGUGUGGUCAACCCCAUGGAGCACACCCAUGCGGCCACAGCCGCAUUGCCUGCCUCAGGCCCUGUCAACUUGCCCACGGGCAUCUCUCGUGCCCCCACUGGCUACCCUAGUGACCUCAAGCCAGUUUCCUGGAACCAGCACCAGCUGGCGCACCUACAACAGAUGUGCAGCGAGGCUGGUGGGACGACAGCCCCUGGCCUGACAGGCAAGCAUGUGGCAGGACGCGAGUUGGCAGGGCCUGGCUUUGUGGGCAAGGCCCCUGCCUACCCGCAGGAACUCUGCCUGGCACAGUCCUUCCAUCUGAAGCCACCCCUGGAGAAGCCAACCCCAUCCCCACCAGUCAACGGCCUGGCAGCCCCACUGGCCUAUCCCAAUGGUCACUAUUUCCAACCCCUGUGGAACAACAUUCUGCCCACUCCCAAUAGCGACAGCUCGGGGUCUCAGGACCUCACCAUGCCAUUCCAUGGUGGGCAGCCCACGGGUGCACCCCUCGACUGUGCGGCAGCUGCUGGGGCUCACUACCGAGCAGGGACCGGGGGCGGUCCAGUGGCAAGCCAGAACAGCUUGAUGCAAACAGUGGAUUACCUAAGUGGGGAUUUCCAGCAGGCCUGCUUCAGAGAACAGAGCCUGGCCAUGCUGGGCAAGGCCCACCGAGGCCCUGGCAAUCAUGCCCCUGACCCCACAGAUAGUCGAAGUCUUCAUAUUCAGCACCCAGGGUAUAGAUAGGUAGCCCUGGUACCCUCCACAGGAUGCACAUCAUACAUCACCCUUCUGUGUUUAGUCGUACUUUUGAGUAAUUGGAUAGUUUUAAAAUUUCACUGCUCCAAUGUGAUCAUUCUUAAACCUCUGAGAAGGAGAAUUUGGUGGGAUCUAAUUGGGGGCAGAGGGGGUCCUCUGUGCCCUUAUACUUCCCUCCACCAGCCCCAGCAACUUUUUUCAUGUUAGGACAUCACUUAACCCCAAGCUCUGCACUCCACUGCCUGCCUGUCAGUCAGUCCCUCCACCAUGGCCGUCUCCCACCUGCCGCCUCUUGUCUUUUCCCAAACCUCUCUGCCAGAUUCCCUUAGGACUGGGGUGUGGGCUGAGUGAAGGGCCCUAGAGUGAGGUAGCUCUAGGUGCCCAGCACCCUUAGCUAGGUCUCUCCCGGUCUCUCUCUCUUUGAGACUAAGAAGCCAGGUUUUUCACGUCCUCUGGAAGCCAAUCCUUACUCAUCCAAAGACCUCAAAUUAAAAUUAAACAAGUCUUCAUUUCCUCACCAUUCCUCUUUAUUCCUCAAGGCUUUUGUUUUGUUUCGUUUUCUUACUAUUUAGAAAUAAUUUCAAACUUAACGGGAUGAUUGCAAAAGUAAUACAAAACCCAUACAGAGAAAUUCAACAUAUCCUCCCCCACCCAGAUACCCAGA